AUGAGCAGAGGAGCUACCCUGCAGCGCAGGACUACCUACCUGAUCUCCCUGACCCUCGUCAAGCUCGAAUCUGUCCAGCAGCAGCAAGAGGACGAGAAGGUGGGAGCAGGCGAUGGAGCCCCCCAGCCCGACAGUCGAGGCGGUGGCCAAGUCCAAGCCUUUAGCCCUUUGGCCUCACCAGUUGCAGACCAUGCCACCGGGGUGAAGGGCCGUAAGGAAGCCGAGGAGGCAGCCAAGCUCAAGAGGCAAGAGCGGAUCUUUCACCGGCAAGAUGCACUCUGGAUCAGCACUAGCAGUGCUAGCACUCCGGAUUACCUGCUGCAGCUGUCUCCGAGCAGUCCAGGGACACCCGGCCCCUCUCCGUCCCCAGAUGGCACUGGGCGAGCCAGCUCCCUGUGGACUUCUCCAACUGGAAGUGGCCAAGGCAGCCCUUGGGACCCGAAGAUUGGGACUGUGGCUGCCCCAAAGCCCAAAGCCACCAUAAGCCCAGAAGCGCCGCCCAUUGCGCCGAAGCCUGAAGUGCUGGGGCCCUCAUUUGCUCCAGUUGUGCCCCCAAAACCUGAGCCUCUGGUGCUGCCUGUUGCACCUGCUGUGCCCCCCAGACCCGAGACAGCUUCAGCCUCCAAGUCUGAGCCUACUGCCUCCUUCAUCGCCCCACCUCUGGCCCCCAAGCCUGAAUCUGUUGGGCCUCUCAAGCAGCCUGGGUCCUGUGGAGCCCCAGCACCACCUCCCAGACCUGAGCCGGUGGUUCCCUCCAUAGCCCCAACAAUCCCCCCGAAACCUGAGCCUCCUUUAAUGGCUGCCUUUCCACCUAUUGCUCCCAAACCUGAGGCUGCUGUUCCCUCUGUUUCGACCGUGCCGACCCCCAAGCCUGCGGUGACUGUGGUUCCAGCAGCUCCAGCGGUAGCCCCAAAGCCUAAAGCCAUUUUGGUUCCGGCCUUUCCCACUGUGCCGCCGAAGCCAGAAGUGGCUCCAGUCCUCCCCAAGGCUGAACUGAAGGAAACCUUGGGGGUGCCAGGAGAUGACUUUCCACUGCCGCCACCACCAACCACUGCCAGCUGCUCGUCCAGUGCUGCAGCACCGGGACGCCGGAUGUUGGUCAGCCAUGCUAGCUGGGGGGGCCCUGAGCCUGCGGCCACAGAGAUCAGCAUGGGCCGGGUCGGCGGCUCUUCCUUCUCCCACUCAGGUGCCUCUUCUCCUCACCCAGCAGCUGGCAGCCGCCGUCUUCGCUUGGCCACGAACAAGCCUUUCAAAACAGUGACCACCAGUGGGGCCAAGGUGGGUGCUGAGCCGAAGGCCAGCAAGGGAGUCCACAAGGGGGGCACCCCCAACCGUCUAUCAUGGCCGGAGAGUGAGGUGAAGGCCCGCAUGAAAGUUACAGUCAAGGGGAGUGGGGAAACAGUCCCCAGAGGGGGGUCCAGGGCAAAACUGUCCCCUCAUAAAAACAAAAGUAAGACACUGGAUAACAGUGACCUCAACCAUGGACCGGCCAGCCUGGCCUCGUCUGGCUCCUGCUCCUCGGAGGCAGCAGUAGGGCUGAAGAGAGGCCGGGAGGGUGGCCGGUCUUCUACCCGUGACCGUAAAAUGCUCAAGUUCAUCAGUGGCAUCUUCACUAAGAGCCCGGCAUCCACCCCCACUCACCCUGGACCGGGCUGGAGCCUCAGCCAUAAGGAGCUGCUUAGCGUUGAGCUGGCCAAGGGAGAGCUACCCAAGGCCAUUGCAAACAGCCAGGAAUGGACUCUUGGCCGCUCCAUCCCCGAGCUACGAUUGGGCAUUCUUGGGACCAUCAAGAGUGGGAAGUCUGCACUUGUUCAUCGCUACCUGACAGGCUCUUACUUGGGCCUAGAACCAACUGAGGGGGGCCAGUUCAAGAAGGAAGUGGUGGUGGAUGGACAGAGCCAUCUCUUGCUGCUUCGAGAGGAAGCGGGGCCUCCUGAUGCCAAGUUUGCAAAUUGGGCAGAUGCUGUCAUUUUUGUCUUCAGCCUGGAGAAUGAGGCCAGCUUCCAAGAGCUGACGCAGUACUAUGGGCUCCUUACAAACUACCGUGCGGUCUCUGACAUGGCACUUGCACUCGUGGGCACUCAAGAUAAAAUCAGCGCCAGCAACCCGCGUGUCAUUGAGGAUUCUCGAGCCCGGGCUCUGUGCACUGAAAUGCGCCGUUGCCUCUACUAUGAGACAUGUGCCACUUACGGGCUCAAUGUGGACCGGGUCUUCAAUGAAGUUGCCCAGAAGAUUGUGAAUAUGAAGAAACAGCAGCAGCUUCUUGCAUCAUGCAAAUCUUUGCCCAGCACUCCCAGCCAUUCUGCAGUCUCCACGCCGGCAAGCAAUGGCGGCCACACAAGUGACUACUCUUCAUCCCUGCCUUCCACACCCAACAUCAGCCAUAGGGAGCUGCGUGGUGAGGCCUCAGCCAUAAUUGGCACACCGGGCUCCCUGCACCGUGGGACCAAACGCCGUACCAGCCUUUUUGCAAAUCGCAGAGGGAGUGACACAGAGAAGCGGAGCCUGGACAGCAGAGGAGACAACACUGGGAGUGGCCGAGCCAUACCAAUCAAACAGAGCUUCUUGCUGAAACGAAGUGGCAACUCUCUGAACAAGGAGUGGAAGAAGAAAUACGUUACUCUGUCCAGCAACGGGCUUCUCUUCUAUCACCCCAGCAUCAAUGAUUAUAUCCAUGGCACUCAUGGCAAAGAAAUGGACUUGCUGCGGACUACCGUCAAGGUGCCUGGGAAACGUCCACCUAGAGCUAUCUCAGCCUGUGGUGCUUCUUCAAGCAUUAAUGGCCUGGUUAAAGAUGUGAGCAGCGUUGGAGUGGGAGACAGCACUUGCCCCAGUCCAGGUCUGCUAAAUCCGCCAACUGACCCGGCACUCAAACUCCUAGGAAAACCUGAACGACUACAGCGCUCAGUGUCCUCCUCCAAGGCUGAGGUGGCCAUGGCUGCAGAAGGACUAUCUAGUCCUGGCAGCAGUGGCAAAGACCCGCCUCCAUCCCCUAUGAUUGACAGAAAGAAACACAGGCGGAAGAAGCUCACAACCCCUUCAAAAACUGAGGGAUCAGCAGGACAGGCAGAAGCCAAGCGUAAAAUGUGGAAAUUAAAAACCUUUGGUAGUUUAAGAAAUAUUUAUAAAACAGAGGAGGAGAACUUUGAGUUCAUCAUCGUCUCCAGCACAGGGCAGACCUGGCACUUUGAGGCCAGCAGCUUCGAGGAGAGAGACUCCUGGGUCCAGGCCAUCGAGAGCCAGAUCUUGGCUAGCCUGCAGUGCUGUGAGAGCAGCAAGAAUAAGGCUCGGAUGGACAGUCAGAGUGAAGCAGUGGCUAUUCAGGCAAUUCGUAAUGCUAAAGGCAACUCCUUGUGUGUGGACUGUGGGGCACCAAACCCCACCUGGGCCAGCCUGAACUUGGGUGCACUGAUCUGUAUCGAGUGUUCUGGCAUCCACCGGAAUCUGGGGACCCACUUGUCCCGGGUGCGCUCCCUAGACCUGGAUGACUGGCCCCUGGAGCUCACACUGGUACUCACCUCCAUCGGCAAUGAAACAGCCAACAGCGUCUGGGAGAAGUGCACGCAGGGACGCCGGAAACCCACCUGCGAGUCAUCCCGGGAAGAGCGGGAGUCCUGGAUUCGAGCCAAAUACGAGCAGCGGCUGUUCCUGGCACCACUACCCAACUCCGAACUCUCCCUGGGGUGCCAGCUCUUCCAGGCCGUGCUGGACCAGGACCUGCCUGCUGUGCUGCUGUUGCUAGCCCAUAGUUCCAAGGAGCAGAUCAAUGCCCCUACAGGGGACAAGGACCGGCGCACAGCUCUGCAUGUGGCAUGCGACCUGUCACACGUGGUUAUCACCCAGCUUCUAGUCUGGUACAGUGCUGAUGUGAAGGCCCGUGAUGCCUUAGGGCACACGGCACUCUUCUAUGCCCGGCGAUCAGGGAGCCAGGAGUGCAUCGAUAUCCUCUUACAACAUGGUUGCCCAAAUGAAGGCUACAGCACUAUUGCCACCCCCGGCCUACGCCGGAAAAGCAGCAGCGCCAGCAUGGGAAGGACUGAGGCCCGAACUGCCCUGGUGUAGCAUGCCAGGGGGAGCCUCUUCCCCGUCCCAGUGGUGCCAACAGAAGUGCAGUGACUGAUGCCGCCUCUCCCUUGGGAGACCCCAUUCCCCUCUGGCAUCUGGACUAUAUGCCAAGGAGCUCAGAUCAUGACUUCCUGUCACGCACAGGGUGCAGUGGCUGCCGCCUGGAGCCCCACUUCAGAGGCCCUGCUUGGCACAGGCUGCUACUGGCCCAGCACCAGAACCGCCUCCGGGGCUCACAGCUCUCCCCACUGCCAGGCCUGGAGCUGCUCUGCUGGUCUCCAGGGCAAGAGCCAUCACUCCAGGCAGGCCGUAAAGCACACCUGCAGGGAAGAGAGAACAAGGCGUCCCGGCCCUGGGAGGAAAGAAGCAGGUCUCGGGACAGUUCCAUUGUCUUCCUAAUGAAUGGGGACUUUUGGAAAGGAGGGAGGCAAGUGGUUCCGUGGGGCUCCCCUCCACUUUUCUUUUGGUGUUUGUAACAAGCUUUGAAGGUGGAAUGUAAAUCAGUGUUAUUGGAGUGUGGUCGGUGACUGAGCCUCGGCUAACCAACUCUUAUGUGAGCCCAAACCUAUGACAAGUGGCGCAAGCGGGUGCGUGUUGAAGAGGCUGAGUAAGUCUGUCAUGGAAGUUAGCACUGAGAGCAAGGGGUCAUACGCUCGGAGAAGAUAUCAUGUGCCAGGCUUAGGCAAACCUCUCAUAGCGGCAGCCAUUUUGUCUCGCUCUCUCUGGAUCCAGGGCCCCAGGCUUACAGGAUGAAACUGAACUCGGGGGUGUUCGAGGGGCUGCAGGCCCUCUCUUAUCCUUCAGCAGUAGACAUACACAUGUGGGGUGGAAGGGAAGGUUCCUGCCACAUGCGGUCCUUGCCACCCUGGAAGCACAUGGCUGUACAGCUGGUUCAGGGAGGGCUGAACCACCUGUGUGCAGGCUCUCCUCCUCGUCCCCUGGCGGCAGCUGGGUUUUCUCUUCAGUCCUGUGGGAAAGCUGGGACACCCUGGCCACUCAGACUCCUGAGGAGGCCCUACAGCAGAGUUUGCCAGAGCAUCUGGAGAGCAAGGGGCCAUCCUGGUGUUAAAAACAGCCUCCUGUCCUUUUGGAAAAAGAAACAGCCUCCAUCUUUGCUCUUGGAGCAUUUUUUUUUUUUAAUCCCAAAGGCGGAGGGUAUCCGCUUCAGAGGACAAUGCUCCUCAUGUCUGUUAUUGUUUCUUUUUUAAAGCGUUUUUAUUUGACUGACAGUUUGUGAGGCUCUAGCACAGGCCAAUGGCAUAAGAUGUUUCCAAACUGCUUGGGACAGCGGGGGCCUAGACCAACCUGACUUACCAGGCAGUCCUCUGCUGCGCCCAAUCCAAAGCAAUUGCCUUGUCUCUCCCCUCAGGCAGACUCAGGAUCUCCUCCCCACCUGGUGACGUGACACACACACUCUCCUUAGCCAAACCGCACUGAAACACAUUCCUUCUGCCAAUGCUCCUCAGGCUCCUGGGCCUGAUCCUUGCACUGAAAUAUAUGUAAUUAUGCUCCAUUGAAGGCCCAAGGGCGCUGCCGUUGCCCCCAUCUCCUUAUUCUCAGAAAUCUUUCACCCUUGUGGAUGGUUCGAAGGGGCAGCUAAAGGAUGAAGCCACUGGCGCUCAGGUUGAGAAGGGGGCACACAAACAGGGUGCGGCAAACCCUGAGCCUCUUGGAGGGCUCUGACGGCACUGCCCCCCAUGGACACCAAGCACACUGCUGAGGGGAAUGAACCACACUGCUGAGGGGGAGCCCUUGCAAGCAACACAGGCCUUGGCCUUUAAAACAAGUCAUUUUUUUAAAUGAAAGAUUGUUUGUAAAAUGCCCGAUUUCCCUCCCAUGCCCCUUACAAGGAUUUCCCUCUCUUUCUAUCUACUACUUCUGUUUUAAUUUAUUGCUUCAUUUAGAGACCCUGAAGGAUAAAAUCCUUCUCUUUCUGGUUGGGCAGCUCUCCUGGUGCAAGUGUUUACAGGUCUCAUGCCCAUUGCUGUGGCAGAGGCAUCUGUGUGGUUGUGACGAGUGAUGUGGUCUCAGGCUUUAUUUCAAAUCUGUGAUCAGGGUAAUACAAUGACUCCCCCCGUCCGCCACCACCACCACGUGGGCAGAUCUGGGUGGGUUAGCCACAGCUGUUUUGGUAGCUGGCUCCGGCCUGCUGGGCUCAGCACAGAUCCAGCCUGCCUUUCUGUCUCAGGGCUCUGGUUUGUAUCCAUUCUCAGAGCUAAGGGCCACAAGCCCACCCACGCCACACCACACCACCCUCUGCAGCCUCUGGCUUUCCUUGCCCUUUUGGAGCUGAACAGGCUCGUGAAUGUAUCAGAGAUAGUCUUGCGCCCCACAGCCCCUAGGUGGAGAUGGAAGGACCUAAAUUGUUGCUGCCCCCAGGGCAGAGCGAGCGAAACUGGACUCAGCCCAGCCAGAGGCAGGGUGUGCGUGUGACGUGCAGUGCAGCUCGGCUUCUGAGGACUAGCGCCUGUGGUCAGUAGGGGAAAAGUGGGGUGGGGUGGGCAGCACUGGUUCUUGAAGACUGAAUGUAAUUUAUGCUGUUUGACUGGCAGUCCAGCGUGAGGUUCUGAGAGAACCUUUAGUGCAGGCCCUAAGGGGUGGGAUC